CACUACUCAUAAAUUUUAAUAUAGUUUAUUUUUUUUUUUUUAUUUUUAUAAAAUUACUCGCACGCACACACGCAUACACACCCUUUCACCAAUAACAAAGAAAAUACAUUAUAAUAUCUUUUUAUUCAUUAUAUAUUAUUUUUAACUUUUCAAAUACUAUAUAUUUAAUACAGCUAAGGAGAUUUAAUAAUAAUUCAACAUAUAAAACAUAAUAGUAUAAUAUAAAUAUAUAAUGGCUGAUGCUGAUAAAAGUUUUAAAGUUGUUCUUCUAGGUGAAGGUUGUGUUGGAAAAACAUCUAUAGUUUUAAGAUAUAUACAAAAUACUUUUAAUGAUAAACAUUUAAUGACACAACACGCAGGUUUCUUUCAAAAAAAUAUAAAUAUAAAUGGUAAAAGAGUUUGUUUAACAAUUUGGGAUACAGCUGGUCAAGAAAGAUUUCAUGCAUUAGGACCAAUUUAUUAUAGAGGUUCACAAGGUGCUCUUGUUGUAUAUGAUAUUACAGAUAAUGAUUCUUUCAUUAAAGCAAAGAAUUGGAUUAAAGAAUUAAAAACAAUGUUGGGAAAUGAUAUUUCACUAUGUAUUAUUGGUAAUAAAUGUGAUCUAGAAAAAACCAGAGUUAUAACUUUAGCAGAAGCAGAAGCAUAUGCAAAAUCAGUAGGAGCAAUUCAUUAUAGUACUUCAGCAAAAUUAAAUAAAGGUAUUGAAGACCUUUUCUUAGAUCUUACUAGACGAAUGUUAUCAAACGUUUCAACAAGCACAAUACCAUCAUCUAGCAAUACAGCACAAACUACAAAUCGUUCAGAAAGAAUUCCAAUCGUUCCAGAUAAUGAACCUACCACUAAACCAGUUUGUUGUUGAAAUUAAAUUUAAAAAACACAAUUUUAUAAAUACAUUAAAAAAUAUAAAAAAAAAAUAAAAAAUAAUACAUAACCACAAAACAAAUAUUCUAAAUAAUAUAUAAUUUUAGCUUCAUAUUAUAGAUACAACAAACAUAAUAUUAAAAAAAGAUUCACCAUUCAAGAUCUAUAAUAAACUUUUCUCAUAUCACCAAACAUACAUAAUCAGAUACAUUAUUGGAUAAAUUAAUUUAUCAAAAUAACAAAUAGAUAAAAAAUAAAAAUAAAAAAAAAAAAAAAACAUUUUAAUUAACCUUUUUGUAAAAUUUAU